AUGCUAUCAACCGACCCGUACACCCACACGGAUAAAACCCAGCCGAAUUCACCGUCAUCUUCGUCACUGUUCGGUGAAAGUGUAUUGGAAAAUUUCACUUUACAAACAAACUUUCUCCGACGGCAGCAAAAUCUUCAGGAGCAGCAGCAGCGUAACAAGCGGAAGCGCAAAGAAUCGUCUUUUUCCUCCUGUUCAUCGUCCUCGUCGGCGUCGUUGCUGUCCUUGGUGCCGAACACGGAACGAAGACCGUCGAGUGUGGCACCAUCUACAGUUGUGGGUGGUGUUGGUGAGGAAAAUCCUUUCGUUGUGGGUGAUAGUGCCACCGUACGGGAAGAACAGUGUGCACAGCGGAAAAGUGAAAAGUCGUUGAGCUCGUGCCGAUCAGCUGAUUUGAAUGAAUGUUCUCCCUGUAGCAGCCGACCACGGGACAGCUCCAACAGGUCGAUGAGACAGCAGGAAGUGCCGGAUGGUGGUGAUGACGAACACGAUUCACCCCGGCGGAAACGACCAAAAUACGACUACACACGUGAUCAGAUGUUUGAAAUUUUUCAACCGUGGGUGAUUCGAACGUACGGUGAUCGAGCGAAAACGAAAACGAUUACCUUGAAAAAACAGGCCAGGAUCAUCAGGGCCCUCAAGGGGCAGGAAAUGAACAACCCAGAUAGUUCUAAAUUUCGAUUCUGGGUGAAAACGAAAGGUUUUACUACAAAUAAACCGGAAGGAUUCCAGAACAUUUUUGCGUUCCAUGAUCAGGAAGAAAACGAUGGUUGCCUUUUAUACGCUCCAAACACGGUGGAAACCGAUUCUCAACCUUUUAAAAAAGUUGCUGUGGUUGAAAACUUCUUCAACAUUAUUUACGGAGUGCAUGUUUCCUUGGGGAGCCGUUCAAGUCGACAUGCUGGCCAGAAGAGAACCUACAGAACGAUUACAGAAACCUAUGCCUUUCUGCCUCGGGAAGCAGUAACCAAAUUUUUGUCCCUGUGCAGUCAAUGUUCCAAAGCACUGAGACCGCCAUCUCCAAUCAAGUUGGACCAUGCCGACAGCCCACUAACUUCCAAGACUGAUGAAUCGUUCGAUAGGGGAACUAAAGAAUUUUCUGAACCCAAACGAGUUUCCACGCCGUUACAGCAUAGUUUUAGCAAUGGUAGCUCAAGUUUCGAUAGAUUAAAUAGUGAUGAAGUUUAUUCAAAGUUGUUAGAUUACUACAAAGUGCAAAAUGAAGAGAGUGAUGGUGCAACGUAUUAUCAGCUGCUGAAGACGUUCUACGAUAAUGUGAAAAAGAACCGAGCAGUAGAGUCGGUUAAAGAUAACGCGAGGGAAGCCAAACAGCAAAAACUGGAACCGGUGGUGGAUCUUACCGGCAUGUCAGAGUCUGAUAAGACGGCCGAGAUCAAUUUCUCAAAUGUGAGUAAAAAAAGUGUGCCCUCGAGUGAAAAUUGUGCCUUAACUGAAAACGAAAAAGUGCUUCGUGCAAAUUUCGCGGAAGAUGGAGGGGAGUGCUCGAUCGAUGAGAAAGAGUUGCACAUAUGUGAAGAGGCUAGUGAAGACAGCGAAAAAAUGAGACUGAAUAAUAAUCUAGACGAUAAAUUUAACGGCAGUGAUGGUGACAGUGAUGUUGAGCAGGUUGGAAAUAAUUCAAGGCCAAUUACAUCGACGUACCUGGAACUGACGAGGAGUAUGGGUGUGGCAGAUGAUGACGCGCUGAAUAUGGUGAGUAUGUCUCGACUACUGGUCUCUCGCCGGCCGGUGUCCGAGGUUGCGAGCAAUCUGAAUGAUGCCUCGUUGGAUACGCACAAGACUGGACGCGUGGUAGUUGGUGGCCGCGAACAGUUCCUGGGGAAAGCUCCAGACGCCCAGAUGACCAUGGAAAUGCAUGAAAAUUUGUGUUCUUUGAAGGAAGUAUUACGACAAAGCUCCAAACGAGUCUGCGCUCCUGGUGACAACGACGUUGGCGUUGAAAAACGUUACUUUUCAAAGGCGGGAAUGCCACAUCACGAGUUCCGGAAAAGUGUGUCACGGAAACUCGGCGCUACUCGCUCAUCAGUCUUAGACUGGCAAAAAAUCACUCCGUGGCGCCCUCGCCGGACGCCACACUCCAAAAAUAGAAAAGGCUUGACUCACCAGAUGAUGUUGGUUUACGUGAUGGUCACAGUCGAUGACCUAUCGACGGGUUCGACGCACUCUUUAGGGAUCGUCGAUGGUGAUCCGAUGAAUGGAGGUGCUUCGCUGACAAUGGCAUUUCACACGCCGAUGCGAUGGCGGUUACUCUGCCGUGCCGGUAGGUUGACGAACCGGCGGGUGGACCGUGUCCACGUGGAGAUCCCCUGA